GGGGCAGAGGGACUUUGUUUUCCUCGAACCCCAUCAGCUGUUUGUGCGAAUGACAAGUGGCUUUUAUCUCUUAACAAGCACCAAGCAAGUCCAUUGACUCGAAGUGCUCUCUUCGUUCUUUCGCCCACGGACACCUUAAUUGAGCAUCAGAGAAGUACAUCAUGGCAUCUCGCAAGAAGAUUCUCCUGAAGGUGAUCAUCCUGGGAGACUCUGGUGUAGGCAAAACAUCCCUUAUGAACCAGUUUGUUAACAAGAAAUUCAGCAACCAGUACAAGGCAACCAUUGGGGCAGAUUUCCUCACAAAGGAGGUUAUGGUUGAUGAUAGAUUGGUCACAAUGCAGAUCUGGGAUACAGCUGGUCAAGAGAGAUUCCAGUCAUUAGGUGUUGCAUUCUAUCGAGGAGCUGAUUGUUGUGUUCUCGUUUAUGAUGUUACAUCUCCCAACACCUUCAAGUCUCUCGAUUCAUGGCGUGACGAGUUUCUAAUUCAAGCCUCACCAAGGGACCCUGAUCACUUCCCAUUUGUUGUUCUGGGUAACAAGAUUGAUCUGGAGAAUAGGGCGGUAUCGACGAAGCGAGCACAACAAUGGUGUCAUAGUAAAAAUGAAGUUCCCUACUUUGAAACUAGUGCAAAGGAAGCCAUUAACGUGGAGUUAGCCUUCCAGACCAUUGCUCGCAAUGCUCUUGCUCAGGAAUCUGAGGUGGAGCUCUACAAUGAGUUUCCAGACCAGAUCAAAUUGACCAAUGACAACAAGGCUAAACAGGAUGCGUGCUCUUGCUAAUGAUCACUCUGUAAUGAUUUUCUAGUACGUAAGGAGGAAGCCCUUGGUUCCAUUUGUGAUAUCAGAUACAUGAGCUCAGAAGAGAAGAAAGGGAUCUGUAAUCCCGGGCCGGUUCCAGGAGCAACUUUUGAGUGUGACUGAUCAUGUUGUGCGACGAUCACUACUUGUAUAUACAGUGGUGCCCCAGACAAUACUUUUUUGGGAGUAUAUCUUGCACCUUUAUCAACAUUUCACAUGGGGAUUGGCCUUAACUUUUUGUUCUUGUGGAUUUUUUUUUUUUUCUAGAAAUGUUACUGCUAUUUCAAAUGUAAGUUUUAUUUUAUUUUAUUUUAUUUUUUUAUUUAUUAUUAUUUUUUUUUUCUUGUUCCUAUCUCAUCAGUAAUCUUGGACAAAAACUGGCUUAUAAGGAACAGUGUUAAGAGAAGUAAAUAUUUGAAAAUGAAAUUAACUAUGGGAAAGGUUCUCUUUUGAUUCUUUCUGCUUAAUUGUUUGAUAUUUCAUUGGAUGAGCAAACUUUAGUUAUGUGGAAACCAUGCAGGUUUAGCAUCCCCAUGGUAUUACUGGAAAGGUGAAAUAUUGUCUAUAUCUUAUAAAUUCUCUUGAUAUGAUCACAACCUAUAGAAUUAAGAAAAAAAAAACACUUCUUUCCCAUUAUCUUAAAUCUGGUAUACUGUCAAGGGUAUUAAAAAAAGGUAGGGUAAGCUUUUUUGGGGCUGAUUUUCAAAACAAAGAUGCUUCAAAGGACAUUAUAGAAAAUAUUAAGACAGGCUAGUAAGUAUCAUGCUACCAGAUAGUUAUAUUUUGGACAUGUUACUUGUUUCCAAAAGGGAUGAAACCUUGUUAUAAACAGUUUUUUAAUAAUUUCAUAAUUUGCCAUAUUAGGGACUAUAUAUGAUAUAUAUUUGUAAUAUACCUUUCUUCUGAAUUAAUUUAAGAAUUGAAAUGAUUCAAAUUUUGAGGAUCUACCUGUUGGUGCAUUACUGCAGCUAGACUUGUUAGUUUUGAGUUUUGGGGCAGGAUACCACUGACUUUACCUAUCCUUAAUUCCUUCUGAGAAACAAAGUAGAUACUCUCAAAUGAGUGAGACCAGUGAGGAGAUGAAAAUGUCAGUUGGGAUUGGGCUACCUUGUACUUUUGGUGAUAUCCAUGUUAAGAUGCCAGACUCAGAAUGGUUGCAUUAUCAUGUGAAACUCAUGUGGCUUAGCUGUGUAACUCAUUCAAGACAGUUUAUGGCUGCAAAUUUAUACUUGUCAAAAGAUGUCUGACAUAAUUUCAAAAAUGUUAUGCUUCAGUUAUCAGCUCUAUCCCGCCCCAACAUUUAAAUUCCCUCCCACACAAGAACACCAAAACUCUAAUCCUAUAUUUUAUACUGUGAUUGUUAAAUCAGUUCAAAAUGGGUUUCAUGAUUUUAAGGUAUAUUCAUUACAUGUACAUAAAUGUAAAGUACACAUUCAGUGUGUUAGUUUAUUAAAUAUUGAUUAUUCAUCUCUCUCUCUCUCUCUCUCUCUCUCUCUCUCUCUCUCUCUCUCUCUCUCUCUCUCUCUCUCUCUCUCUCUCUCUCUCUCUCUCUCUCUCUCUCUCUCUCUCCCCCUCCCUUCCUCCCUCCCCCUCCCCCCUCUCCCCUCUCCCCCUUUUCUUUCUAUUUUUCUCUUUUCUUUUGUUUCCCUUGUUUUUCUUUUAGUUUUUAUCUACUGGAAAUUGUGUGCUUAGAUGUUUUCUAUUUGUGUUGGUUUGUAAUUGCAAUUUUAAUGGCUAUUAAAUGUCAUAGUUUAUUGGUUGGUGUGCUCUAGUGAGCCAGCAGUGAAAACAAUUUUAGGAAUAAAUUGAUAUGGCAAAUUUACUCUCCUGGAUAUAGUCGUUGUAGAUAUUUUUCUCCAAAAAUAAGCAGUAUAGGGUUACAUAUAAAACAGGUCUAUAUAGGAAAUGCAAUAUUACUUGGGCUUGAUCUGUUUUAUUGAAUUUGGAACUCUGCUGACUUCCUAGAGCACCUUAAGUUGGACAUAUCCAAAUUUGUAUACAGAUGUAAAGUAAUACAGUGAGCAGUCAGCAGAUCUAAUGGGUACUAUACUCACAAAGUGCACAGAUGUCUUUGUUGCCAUUCCUUUGUCUCUUUAGAGUCAUUUAUCCCAAAAUCAGAUAGGAUGAUAUAUAGUUUUGCAGUGUAUUCACUUUCAACUGUGGUAAGAUCUGUAUUAUGUAUUAAAUACAAAUAAGGCUAUUCA